AUGGGCAAGGGGAAGAACAAGGAGAAAGAAUCACCUAGAAGAAGCAAUAAAACUUCGAAUGGUCACCAUAAUCGAAGUCAUGGAGGAAAAGGUAGACAUGAAACUAAGUAUUCCUCCGUUGUGAGGCAAGUUGAUUUUCCGACUAAACUUGCAAUGUGGGACUUUGAACACUGUGAUCCUAAAAGGUGUAGUGGUAAAAAACUAGAAAGAUUAGGGCUGAUCAAGAGCCUAAGGAUUGGUCAAAAAUUCAAGGGCGUCAUUGUUACACCCAAUGGUAAAGGUGUUGUUUGUCCCAAUGACAAAGAAAUUGUUGAGCAAUUUGGUGUUGCCGUGGUAGAAUGUUCUUGGGCCAGAUUAGAAGAGGUACCAUUUAACAAGAUUGGAGGAAAAUAUGAAAGGCUAUUACCAUACUUUGUUGCCGCAAACCCUGUUAAUUAUGGACGACCAAUGAAACUAAAUUGUGUUGAAGCAAUUGCUGCAUGUUUGGCUAUUGUUGGUCAUCAAGAUUGGGCCUUGCAACUAUUACAAAAUUUUUCUUGGGGUCCAGUUUUCUUGGAAAUCAAUAAAGAGUUGCUAGAAAUGUACAGCGAAUGUACCGAUUCGGAUAGUGUCUUGCAAGCCGAGAAAGAUUUCUUAGAUCAAAUGGAGAAAGAGAGAGAAGAGAGAAAGAAAAGAAAAGGCGAAGUUGAUAUUUGGGAAAUGGGUAAUCCAAACAUAAAGAAUCAUGGUGAAACAAAUAAAGAAGAAGAGGAAGCAGAAGAAGAUGAAUUUGAUUCUGAUGAGGAGAAGAAUAUCUUGGUGAUAGACAUUCCUGGAUCCGAGGAUGAUGCGCAAAUAGAUACAGAAGAAGAAGAGGAACUUCUAGAUGAAGCGGAAGCCGUUUCAGAGAGCUCAUCAGACGAGGGAGAAGAAUAA